UUCUUCCUGUAUAGAUAACUAAAGAUUUUCUGAAUUCAGUCAAAAGUAAUUCAAAAUUUUAUUUCAUUUUUAAAUAAAUUGAGUAAAGCAAACAAAUUUUGUAAAAAUGUCGAUAAAAGUCGAGACACCCGAAGUUGAAACUGUAAGCUUAGUGGAGUCGCCAAAUAAUACUAAAGCUCAUGACGAAGAAGACAUCUGUGAACUGGAACACCUUCGAAAACUUUUUAUAGGUGGAUUGGCGUCACACACUACAGAAGAAAACUUAAAACAAUUUUAUGGAAAAUGGGGUACGGUAGUGGAUGCUGUUGUUAUGCGCGAUCCAACAACAAAGCGUUCACGAGGUUUUGGAUUUAUUACAUAUACUAAAGCAUCUAGUGUAGAUGAGGCGCAGAAAAAUAGACCACACAUAAUUGAUAGCAAGACAGUAGAUCCAAAACGAGCCCUCCCUCGCCCAGAACGUGAGACACGAGAAACAAACAUUUCUGUUAAAAAACUUUUUGUUGGCGGACUUAAAGAUAAUCACGAUGAAAAAUGCCUGGAAGAAUAUUUCUCUAAGUUUGGAAAUGUUAUAUCUGUAAAAAUUCUUACGGAUAGAACAACCGGAAAACGGCGCGGAUUCGCUUUUAUAGAAUACGAUGACUAUGACUCUGUUGAUAAAGCUAUACUACAAAAGGCACAUACAAUUAAAUAUGUUGUGGUUGAUGUUAAGAAGUCUGUGUAUAAGCAAGAAAAGCAACAGGGAAAUGAGGCUGGCGCAGAUGAUGCAAGUGCUAAUAAUGGACAAAAAUUAAUACCAGGUGGACAAAAACCUGCAAAUUUCCGUCCUCCAGUGCCACAACAGCCAAUGCCGCCAUACCAACAGGGACCACCUGCACCAUACCCUCAAGGAGCACCAUACAAUUAUUGGGGACCACCGCAACACCCGCCACCACCACAAUAUGGGCCAUAUCCGCAACCGCCAGCACCAGCUAAUGGUUGGAAUGCACCAUACGCCUGGAAUGGUUGGAAUGCCGGACCACCACCACCACAAGUUGGCGGACCACCUGCCAACUGGUAUCCCAAUCAAUGGCAAGCGAAUACUGCAGUACCAGGUCCACAGCCACCAAAUGGUCCUGCACCAGUAGGCGCUUGGAAUGCUCCACCAGUAGUUGGGCCUCCACCACCACAAUGUCCCCCAGCAAACUUUGGCAAUGGUUAUCAGCAAAACUAUGCUGCUGGCCCUACCAAGCAUAGCCAACCCAACACGAAUCGUAUGCAUCCUUACGGCCCACCACAAAAUUCCAAUUACGCCAAUGGAAACCAACAACCACCACCCCAAGGCUAUAAUGGCUAUGGCGCAGUUAAGCCACCUCCUGCAUCAGUACCGCCAAAAAAUGGUCCAACUGCAGGGCCACCUGUCAGCACGGCUGCCCAAAUGGCAAAUAAGUUCAGGCGUUGAAGAUCUUCGUAUCACUAUGCUGAUGCAAUAUAAGGUAUAAUACAACAAGCUCAAUAUAGAAGAAAUGCUUAAUUAUAAAUCACAGAAGGGCUUACCUGUUUUGUCUAUCACACUAAAUAGGUCAUUGCAUUAAAAGGACAAUUAUUUUACAUUUAAGUAAUAUAUGUGUACUUUAGAAAUAUACAUAUCCUUAUGCAUAUAGGCAAUAUGUUGAAAUAAUUCUCUAAGUAGUGUUACUUAUAUUGUUAGUGCUUUUAAUUAAUUGCCUUAAUAUAUAGAUGUUUUGAAAAUCUUGUAAUUAUAUGCCAACAUUUUACUCUUUCGGAAGACAUAUGUAUAUAUGUAUAUAUAUAUGUUACAUUUAUAAGUUCAGAAGUUUACGUUGUACUAUUUAUAAUAAAAAUAUACACAUUCAUUAAGUCUCGUAUAUAUGUAUAUGCAAUUGUGUGGCAAAGUCAAUAGAUAUGCAUACGCAAAAUAUCAAUAUUUAUAUAAUAUUAAUUCAUUAAUAAUUUCACAAAAUAAUAAGUUUAGUCUAAAGAAUGGGAUUAUCAACUUGGGUAUGUUUAUGCGAGAAUUGAAAUUAUAUUAUUGUACUGACUUAUAUAUAUCUAUGUAUAUUAACGAGGAUCAAAAAUGACUUAGUGGCUAAUGUACAAAUGUACCGAUGAUAAAAUUUUAUGGAAAACGUUGUAUGUCAUUUACAUAUAUUUAACUAUGUAUUUUAAAAAUGGAAUACAUUUAUAUUCAUAGUUAUUAAUUGGUUUACAAAUAGCAAAACAAUUUUACAAAACACACAUUGAUUUUGGUGUGUCCUACCAAAAAGUACACAUAAUUUUAUAAUAGUUUUUACAAUUAGCGUAUUACAAGAAUAUAGUUAAAACUAGCAUGAAGCUAAUUUCUCUAUGUAUUUGCAACAAACAACAAACAUAGCAUAUGUAUGUUAUUAGUUAUGUAUAACAAAUAAAGUAAAUUUAAUUUAA